UCACUACCAUCAUCCCCGGACGCCCAAACGGAGUGUCUCUCACGGAUACCCAUAGAAUCUAGAACGAGCUCCUCACUCUGCCAUGCCUCCUACAAGAAACGCAGGACCUGAAGGUCAAGGACAAAUUAAUGGCACCCCAGGCGGCGGACGCGGGGGUCGUGGAAGGGGUCGUGGUGGGCGCGGUCGUGGACGUGGAGGACCGAGGCCGCCGCGUGAGGAUGCGCCGCCGAACGGAGCGCCUCCUCAUCAAGGCCCUCCUCACCAAGGACCUCCGCAUAGAGCACCGCCGCAUCACGAAGGGGCUCGCCACACUGGCCACACUGGGCCCACGACCGUGCCAUUUACGGCGCAUGUCACGGACACCAGGUUUGCAGAUGCACCAAUUUCGGCAGCUACCAAAGCCGCGAUUAGACAUGAGUUCAUGAGCCCUGUACAGGCCGCCACAAUCCAGCACUCGUUGGAAGGGCACGACCUUGUCGUCCAGGCCAAGACCGGGACGGGUAAAACUCUGGCUUUCUUGAUCCCCAUCGUGGAGAAAUUGCGCCAACAAGAGAGCGCACUACCCGGGGACACGUUUGCGGCCCUAAUUGUCACCCCGACCCGCGACCUUGCUAUCCAGAUCCAGAACGAGUGCAUCCCUCUCCUCAAAGGCUCCCCCUUCCGCGUCGGUACCGCCAUCGGAGGCACAAACAUGAACACCGAAGCAAACCGCAUCCUCCGCGACCGCUGCGACAUCAUCGUCGCCACGCCUGGCCGGCUCAACGACCACCUGCAGAACAACCGCGCGGGCCCGAAGUUCCGGAAGCUGCAGUUCGUCGUGUACGACGAGGCGGAUCGGAUGUUGGACGCGGGGUUCAAGCCGCAACUGGACUCGAUUCGGUCGUAUUUGCCGGAUCCGGCGAUUCAGCCGAGGCAGACGCUGUUCUAUAGUGCGACUAUGGAUAAUAGUGUGAAGCAGAUCAUCAAGGCGACGCUGAGCUCGAAGUACAAGCUGAUCUCGACUAUCCCGGAGAACGAGCAGAACACUCACAAGCAUGUUCCCCAAAAUGUCGUCGAGGUCCGCUUUGAGGACUCGCUCCCUGUCGCGCUCUCCAUCCUCUUCGAAGAGAUCAAGAACAUGCAAGGUCUCGCGAAGGUCAUGAUGUUCUUCCCAACAGCGAACCAGACUGCCUGGGCUGCCGCAGCGCUCCAAGAAGUCGCUGGCCUCCCCCAAGUCUGGCCGAUGCACAGCAGGCUGUCGCAAUCGACGCGUACGAGGACCGCCGACGCCUUCAAGAACACGAAGACGGGGAUCAUGGUGUCGUCCGACGUGACAGCGCGCGGAAUGGACUUUCCCAACGUCUCCCUCGUCCUCCAAAUCGGCGUCCCGGGCACGCCCCAGGACUACAUCCACCGCCUCGGCCGCACCGCGCGUGCUGGCACCUCCGGCCGCGGCGUCAUCAUCCUCGACCCCGCUGAGAAAUUCUUCCUUUCCAACCGCGAGAUCGCCGAGCUGCCCAUCGCGCCCGCCCCGCCGCCCGCGGACGCGCAGCUGCAGCAGACGCGCGAGGUCCUGCGCCCCGCCAUAGCGAAGGUGCCGAAGGGCCACAAGGGGAAGGCGUACCGCGCGUGGAUGGGCUUUUACAAGCAGUAUGUGGGUAAGAUGCGGUGGACGCCGCAGGGGUUGGUGGAUCGCGCGGCGGUGUUUGUGUAUGAGGGCUUGGGGUGGCCGAGCCCGCAGUUGCCGACGCUGAGGAGGCAGACGGUGGGGAAGAUGGGCCUGAAGGGCGUGAAGGGGCUGAACAUUGGGGAGGUUGAGGACGAGUAGAGGCGUAGAGUAGACUGCUAGAUGCUCCAUAGAUCGUAGACCUGUAUCCUACCGCAUUAUCCUGUAUAGAGGUACUGCAAUGCAGUACGUUCAUCUGGACAACGCG